UCUAUCUCUCCCUCCACACCCACGAGCUCUCAACUCUAACUUCUCAUCGCCGCCUCAAAAGCUUCUUCUUCUUCGUCACACAACAAUGGCCGGUAAAGGAGAAGGCCCAGCUAUCGGAAUCGAUCUCGGCACUACUUACUCUUGCGUCGGAGUAUGGCAACACGACCGCGUUGAGAUCAUUGCUAAUGAUCAAGGUAACAGAACCACCCCCUCUUACGUCGCCUUCACCGACUCCGAGAGGUUGAUUGGUGAUGCCGCCAAGAACCAGGUCGCCAUGAACCCCAUCAACACUGUCUUCGAUGCAAAGAGAUUGAUUGGUCGAAGAUUCAGUGACGCAUCAGUGCAAAGCGACAUGAAGCUAUGGCCAUUCAAGAUCAUCCCCGGCCCUGCAGACAAGCCCAUGAUUGUCGUCUCCUACAAGGGAGAAGAGAAGCAGUUCGCCGCAGAGGAGAUCUCUUCCAUGGUCCUCAUCAAGAUGCGCGAGAUCGCCGAAGCUUACCUUGGCGUCACUAUCAAGAACGCUGUGGUCACCGUUCCGGCCUACUUCAACGACUCUCAGCGUCAAGCCACAAAGGACGCCGGCGUGAUCGCUGGUCUGAACGUGAUGCGUAUCAUCAACGAGCCCACCGCAGCAGCCAUCGCUUACGGUCUCGACAAGAAGGCCACCAGUGUUGGAGAGAAGAACGUUUUGAUCUUUGAUCUCGGCGGUGGUACUUUCGAUGUCUCUCUUUUGACUAUCGAGGAAGGUAUCUUCGAGGUGAAGGCUACUGCUGGAGACACUCAUCUCGGUGGCGAGGACUUUGACAACAGGAUGGUUAACCAUUUUGUCCAAGAGUUUAAGAGGAAGAGCAAGAAGGACAUAAGCGGUAACCCUAGAGCUUUGAGGAGGCUGAGGACGGCUUGCGAGAGAGCGAAGAGGACUCUCUCUUCCACCGCUCAGACCACCAUCGAGAUUGACUCUUUAUUUGAAGGGAUUGACUUCUACUCUGCACUCACGCGCGCUAGGUUCGAGGAGCUCAACAUGGAUCUUUUCAGGAAGUGUAUGGAGCCAGUUGAGAAGUGUCUGCGUGAUGCUAAGAUGGACAAGAGCACAGUCCACGAUGUCGUCCUCGUCGGCGGCUCCACGCGUAUCCCAAAAGUUCAACAGCUUCUCCAAGACUUCUUCAACGGUAAAGAGCUCUGCAAGUCCAUCAACCCCGACGAGGCCGUGGCUUACGGAGCAGCUGUUCAAGGAGCUAUUCUGAGCGGUGAAGGGAACGAGAAGGUGCAAGACCUUCUUCUGUUGGACGUGACUCCUCUCUCUCUCGGUCUCGAAACCGCCGGUGGAGUCAUGACUACGUUGAUCCAGAGGAACACUACGAUCCCUACCAAGAAGGAGCAGGUGUUCUCCACUUACUCUGACAACCAGCCUGGCGUGUUGAUCCAAGUCUACGAAGGUGAGAGAGCCAGGACCAAAGACAACAACCUCCUCGGAAAAUUCGAGCUCUCUGGCAUCCCUCCUGCUCCGCGUGGUGUCCCUCAGAUCACAGUCUGCUUUGACAUCGACGCGAAUGGGAUCCUGAACGUCUCUGCGGAGGACAAGACCACUGGCCAGAAGAACAAGAUCACCAUCACCAACGACAAGGGUCGUUUGUCUAAAGACGAGAUAGAGAAGAUGGUGCAAGAGGCUGAGAAGUACAAGUCUGAGGAUGAAGAGCAUAAGAAGAAGGUUGAGGCCAAGAACGCGCUUGAGAACUAUGCUUACAACAUGAGGAACACGAUUCGAGAUGAGAAGAUUGGCGAGAAGCUUCCUGCUGCGGACAAGAAGAAGAUUGAGGAUUCGGUUGAGGAGGCGAUCCAGUGGCUUGAUGGGAACCAGACGGCUGAAGCAGACGAGUUUGAAGACAAGAUGAAGGAGUUGGAGAGUGUCUGCAAUCCCAUCAUAGCUAAGAUGUAUCAAGGAGCUGGUGGUGGUGAAGCAGGUGGAAUGGAUGAUGAUGAAGCUCCUCCUUCUACCGGAGGUGCUGGCCCCAAGAUUGAGGAAGUCGAUUAAGCUCUGGUGCAUUCUUUAAGCCUUUGAUGGUCUAAAUUUCUGUGUUUGCUUGCGAUGGACUCUCUCUAUUAUCUUGUGAACCUUUUUUUUAUUUAUUUCUAAAGCCAUUCUGUUUUUAUGGCUUUGCUGAUGUAGCUUCAUAGAAAACAUAUUAAAGAACGAUUAGAGUUGUGUAUCUUUGCAUUUAUGAUAUCGAAUCAUGUAGUUGUUCUCA